AAUCUCAUCUCUUAAUUUUCAGCAUGCGAUUUCAAAUGUGCCAUGUAACUGCGAACUGAGGUAUGCGUCAGACAAUUACCAAGAUCACUACGUGAAUCUGAGCGACGAGCUCGGCAUGGCGCUGUGGUACCCGCAGAAGGUGCGCAACCUGACCUGCGACGAGAGCAAGUGCACCAAGCCGUAUAGGUGCCAGAAAAUUAUAUAUAACCUAACAGUGCUAAAAGGCAGCAACAGCAAAGAAGAACGGGAGCGCGCAGGCCAACUGUACGCGGACUUGCCAAACGAGCUGAAGUACAAGUGGGUGCCGCGGCUGGUGCCCAUCGUCGCCGGGUGCCUCUGCACGAGCAGCUACCUCGCCAAUUGAAUAUACGGGAUUUUUGAUGUAAAAUAUUCGAAUGCUCAAUAA